AUGAAGGCUGUUAAGUGGUUAAAGAAAAAAAGCUUCGGGGGAUAUGAACGCGUCCCCUUAAUAAAAGAAGAGGUUGGCAAUGUAUCAGAAAAGAAAGAAGAGUGGUGCAAAUUUGUUGAGCUAGAGUUUACCAAGCACUGUGAAGGUUGUAUAAGAGAUGUGAAAAAAUGCUGCAAACAAACGAAAGGAGUUGAAAGUGUUGUGGUUGAUAAGGAUAAUCCCGUAGUGGUAGUGGAAGGAAGAUUUCUUCUGGAAAAGCUUUGCUCACGCCUCCAAAAUGUGGCUAAUAAGGUGGUCACAGUUAAGAGGUCAGAGAUGGAAGAAACACAAGAACAAGGCGAGAGCAGCCAUGGAGAUGACCACAGACAAGAUAAACAGGAGAACAAUAACCAAAAUGCAGAGAAAAAUCAACAAGAUGAGAAGAACAGUCAGUCGAGCAAAGAGAUUGUGUUGAGAGUACUUAUGCAUUGUGAAGGAUGCAAAAGCAAGGUUGCUAAAUGCUUGAAAGGGGUUGAAGGCAUCGAAGAUGUUACGGUUGAUUAUGCGAAUCAGAGAGUGGUUGUGAAGGGGAAAAGGGCCAAUCCAUUGAAGGUUUUGGAGAGAUUGCAGAAGAAGUAUAGCAGCAAUGCUGAACUUAUCUCUCCAAAACCAAAGCCCGAAAACAAAGAGAAAAAAGAGCCCCAAAAGAAAGAAGAGGCUCAGCCUCAGGUGAAGGUUGUACUGUUGAAAAUGUUGAUGCAUUGUGAAGGCUGUGCAAAUGAUAUUAAGAAAUACUUGGAGAAAAUGAAAGGUGUUUUAAGUGUUGAAGCAAAUAUGGAGAGCUCAAGGGUGACAGUGAGGGGAGUGGUUGAUCCACCAAAGCUGAUAGAAUACAUCAAAAAACAAUUAGGGAAGCAUGCUGAGAUUGUGAAGCAAGAACAAGGACACAAACAGGGCAACAACAACAACAACAAGAAAGACCCAGAAAGGGAAAAUAUAUUUCAGUAUCCUCCUCAAUACUCAUCUCAGCAUAUUUACCCCAACCAGACAUUUAGUGACGAAAACCCUUUUGCCUGUUCCAUAAUGUAA